CCUUAUUUGAGGUCCCUGUUCUUCCAGGGUUCUGAGCUGAGGCGCCCCCCCCCCCCCAGACUGCCGGUAUCCCCGGGGAGGGCGCAGCUGGCCCUGGCAGGGCCCGGACACCUGGGGCCCGACUCACCUCUGCGAACCCGGCGGUGUCUCCUUCCCGGGCGGCUCGGGUUCCCGGAUCCCCUUACCAGGCCGUCUCGGCUGUCGCGCCCUGGGCCGGGGGAGGGGAGGCUGCAGGAAGCCGCGGAUCCGGCGGCGGCGGCGAGGGCCCGGUGGGUGGCCGAGCUUCUCCCGCCAUGGAGAGCGCAGCGGCCCGCGAGGCCCGGGGCGCCGAGACCCCGCGCGCGCCCGCGCCCCCGCCCUCGCCCUCGGAGCCCCCGGCCGCGCCCCGCGCCUGCCCGCGCCUGGUCUUCCGCACGCAGCUGGCGCACGGGAGCCCCACGGGCAAGAUCGAGGGCUUCACCAACGUCCGCGAGCUGUACGCCAAGAUCGCCGAGGCCUUCGGGAUCGCGCCCACUGAGAUCUUAUUCUGCACCCUCAACAGCCACAAAGUGGACAUGCAGAAGCUCCUAGGGGGGCAGAUAGGCCUGGAGGACUUCAUCUUCGCCCACGUGCGAGGCGAGACCAAGGAGGUGGAGGUCACUAAAACAGAGGACGCUCUGGGGCUGACCAUCACGGACAACGGGGCCGGCUACGCCUUCAUCAAGAGAAUCAAGGAAGGCAGUAUCAUCAACCGGAUCGAGGCGGUGUGCGUGGGAGACAGCAUCGAAGCCAUCAACGACCACUCCAUCGUGGGCUGCCGCCACUACGAGGUGGCCAAGAUGCUCCGGGAGCUUCCCAAGUCCCAGCCCUUCACCCUGAGGCUGGUGCAGCCCAAGAGGGCCUUUGAUAUGAUUGGCCACAGAAGUCGGUCCAGCAAAUGUCCCAUAGAGGCGAGAGUGACCAGCGGGAGGGAGACCCUGCGGCUUCGUUCUGGGGGGGCCGCCACGGUGGAGGAAGCGCCCAGUGAGUUUGAGGAGGAGGCGUCUCGGAAGGUUGAUGACCUGCUGGAAAGCUACAUGGGCAUUCGGGACCCCGAGCUGGCGUCCACCAUGGUGGAGACGUCCAAGAAGACAGAGACUGCCCAGGAGUUUGCACGCUGUUUAGACUCCGUCUUGGGCGAGUUUGCCUUCCCCGACGAGUUUGUGGUGGAGGUGUGGGCCGCCAUUGGAGAGGCCAGGGAGGCCUGCGGCUAGUCUGCCCCCCGGGGACCCAGCACAGCCCCAGCCCGGAGCCCAGCCCCCUGCCCCGGCCCUGCUCCAGAACUCUGUCCUUCUCUAGAAUCCAGCCUAGAUCUGAGG